UUCUGAGCUCGCCUCCUGCAUCCAUCUAGCUCUAGCCUAAUUCCUCUCCUCUCUCCUCCCUGUCUACUCCCCUACCAUACCCAUGUCUGGCUUACUGGCAGACAGACUGACGCGCUACUGUGUACCAGGCCCUGUUAGAAACCAUUCACCCAUAGCCCUGACUGGGGUGGUCUAGCUCUGUGUCUCUUUCUAUUGCUCGGGGCGGAUACUCCCUGCAUGGAUACACCGAGGGAGGCUGCUAGCUGAUAUCGACGGGAGGAAAACAUAUCAAGGAGGGACCCACUGCUGUCGUCGAAUUCGAGGUGGUUAGGUGUUAGGCAUCUACCUGGUGACAAGCCCCUCCUGACUGAGCCCCUCUAUAGUCGCGGCCGCAUCCCCCCACUGACAGGCAUCAUGGCGGGGGCUUCAGUGAAGGUGGCCGUCCGAGUCCGUCCCUUCAACUCUCGAGAGAUCGGGAAGGACAGCAAGUGCAUCAUCCAGAUGUCAGGGAACACAACAACAAUCAUAAACCCCAAACAGCCGAAGGAGAACAAGAGCUAUAACUUCGACUACUCUUACUGGUCACACACAACACCGGAGGACAUCAACUAUCAUUCCCAGAAGCAGGUGUACAAGGACAUUGGGGAGGAGAUGUUGCUGCAUGCCUUUGAGGGAUACAAUGUUUGUAUCUUUGCAUAUGGCCAGACUGGAUCUGGGAAGAGCUACACCAUGAUGGGCAAGCAGGACCAGAAGGAUCAGCAAGGCAUCAUCCCUCUGCUGUGUGAGGACCUCUUCACCAAGAUAAGUGACAGCAAUAAGGAAAACAGCUUGUCCUACUCCGUGGAGGUGAGCUACAUGGAGAUCUACUGUGAGCGUGUGCGGGACCUGCUGAACCCGAAGAACAAGGGGAACCUGCGUGUGAGAGAGCACCCCUUGAUGGGGCCCUACGUGGAGGACCUGUCCAAGCUGGCCGUUACCUCCUACAAUGACAUCCAGGACCUCAUGGAGUCUGGCAACAAGGCCAGGACGGUGGCAGCCACCAACAUGAACGAGACCAGCAGCCGCUCUCAUGCUGUCUUCAACAUCAUCUUCACGCAGAAGAAACACGACAUGGAUUCAGAAAACACAUCUGAGAAGGUGAGCAAGAUCAGCCUGGUGGAUCUGGCUGGGAGUGAGAGAGCAGACUCUACAGGAGCCAAAGGAACCAGGCUGAAGGAAGGAGCAAAUAUCAAUAAAUCUUUGACCACACUGGGGAAAGUCAUCUCUGCAUUAGCUGAAGUGGACUCAGCACCAAAUAAGAACAAGAAGAAGAAGAAGGUGGAGAACCACAUCCCCUAUAGAGACUCAGUGCUGACCUGGCUUCUUAGAGAGAACCUGGGAGGUAACUCUCGCACCGCCAUGGUGGCAGCCCUCAGCCCUGCUGACAUCAACUAUGACGAGACCCUGAGCACCCUCAGGUAUGCUGACCGCGCCAAACAGAUCCGCUGUAACGCCGUCAUCAACGAGGACCCCAACAACCGUCUGGUGCGUGAGCUGAAGGAGGAGGUGUGCCGACUCAAGGACCUCCUCUACGCCCAGGGCCUGGGAGAUAUCAUAGACAACUUGUGCGAUUACAAGAACUUUGUCAAUAAUCGCCAGGCUGUCAAUCAAACGGGUGAUCUAUCCACAGUGACCAAUGCCAUGACUGGGAUGAGCCCUUCCCCCUCUCUCUCCGCCCUGUCCAGCCGUGCGGGCUCCAUGGCAAACCUGCAUGACCGCAUCUUCAGCCCUGCCUCUGAGGAGGCCAUAGAGAGACUCAAGGAAACAGAGAAAAUCAUUGCUGAGCUCAAUGAGACAUGGGAGGAGAAGCUGCGCCGUACUGAAGAUAUCCGGAUGCAGAGGGAGGCCCUACUGGCUGAGAUGGGUGUGGCCAUGAGAGAAGAUGGAGGCACCGUGGGCGUGUUCUCCCCCAAGAAGACCCCUCACCUGGUGAACCUGAAUGAGGACCCACUGAUGUCUGAGUGCUUACUCUACUACAUCAAAGAUGGGACCACCAAGGUUGGACGUGACGACGCCAGAAGUCGCCAGGACAUCGUGCUCAGUGGCCAUUUUAUCCAAGACGAGCACUGCACCUUCAGUAGCACCGCAGGCUCCGGCGGAGAAGGCAACGUCAUCCUGGAGCCCUGCGAGGGGGCGGAGAUCUACGUCAACGGGAAACUGGUGACCACGCCUACUCUGCUUCGUUCAGGAAAUCGCAUUAUCAUGGGGAAGAGCCAUGUGUUCCGCUUCAAUGACCCGGAGCAGGCGCGGCAGGAGCGGGAGAGGACCCCCUGCGCCGAGACCCCCGUGGAGCCCGUGGACUGGGCCUUCGCCCAGAGAGAGCUGCUGGAGAAACAGGGCAUCGACAUGAAGCAGGAGAUGGAGUCAAGGCUUCAAGAGUUAGAAGAUCAAUACCGCCGAGAACGAGAGGAGGCCAGUAACCUUCUGGAACAACAGAGACUGGACUAUGAGAGUAAACUGGAAGCCCUGCAGAAACAGGUGGACAGAAACUCCCGUUACCUGGAGUCCCCAGACGAAGAAGAGGAGCCUGAGGAGGAAGUCUUUCCCAUAGUUCCGUGGACAAAGCGUGAGAUGGAGCUUGCAUCCUGGGCGUUCCGUAAGUGGCGUUUCUACCAGUUCACCUCCCUCAGGGACCUGCUGUGGGGCAAUGCCAUCUUCCUCAAGGAAGCCAACGCCAUCAGUGUGGAGCUCAAGAAGAAGGUCCAGUUCCAGUUUGUGCUGCUGACAGACACACUGUACUCCCCGUUGCCCCCGGACCUGCUGCCCCCCAGCGUGGCCAUGGAGCGGGAGAAGCGGCCCUUCCCCAGCACCAUCGUAGCUGUGGAGGUCCAGGACCAGAAGAACGGGGCCACACACUACUGGACCCUGGAGAAACUCAGACAGAGGCUGGACCUGAUGAGGGAGAUGUACGACCGUGCGGCGGAGGUGCCUAGCAGCACUGUGGAGGACUGUGACCAGGCCCUGACCGGGGGAGACCCCUUCUAUGACCGCUUCCCAUGGUUCCGUCUGGUGGGCAGGGCCUUUGUGUACCUGAGUAACCUGCUGUACCCCGUGCCGCUCGUGCACCGCGUGGCCAUCGUCAGUGAGAAGGGAGAGGUGAAGGGCUUCCUCAGGGUGGCAGUGCAGGCCAUCUCAGCUGAUGAAGAAGCCCCUGACUACGGCUCUGGUGUCAGACAGUCAGGAACCGCCAAGAUAUCCUUUGAGGACCAACAGUUUGAGAAGUUCCAGACAGAGUCGUGUUCCGGCGGCAUGUCCCAUUCUAACACCUCUCACGAAGAGCUACGCUUCGUGGAAGGGGAGGGACAGAACUCUGAUGUAGGAGCUGACCCUGACGAGGUCAACAACAACACCUGUGCAGACUUGUCCCCCGUCACAGCCACACCAGAGGUCCCCAGGAGCCCACUGAAGAGUGGUCUGGGUCUGGAGCUGCCCCUGGAGAAGGCCCUGUCUCACCUUCACAUAGGCUCCACCUUCACCUUCAGGGUCACAGUGCUGCAGGCCUCCAGCAUUUCCGCUGAGUAUGCUGACAUCUUCUGCCAGUUCAACUUCAUCCACCGACAUGAUGAGGCUUUCUCCACUGAGCCACUCAAGAACACUGGCAGAGGACCUCCGCUGGGAUUCUACCAUGUACAGAAUAUCACGGUAGAGGUUACCAAGUCGUUUGUGGAGUACAUCAAGACCCAGCCCAUCGUCUUUGAGGUGUUUGGCCACUACCAGAAACAUCCAUUCCCACCCCUCUGCAAAGACCUCAUCAGUCCCCUUCGACCUUCUAGGAGGCAGUUCCCAAGGGUCAUGCCCUUGUCUAAACCAGUACCAGCCACCAAGCUGAAUACCCUGACCCGUUCCACGGCCGGCCCAUGCCACUCCAAAUAUGACCUCAUGGCCUUCUUCGAGAUCUGUGAGCUGGAGGCCAAUGGAGACUACAUCCCUUCAGUGGUGGACCACAGAGGGGGCAUGCCCUGCCACGGAACCUUCCUGCUUCAUCAGGGCAUCCAGCGGAGGAUCACAGUCACCAUAGCGCACGAGACAGGAAAUGACGUGGAGUGGAAGGAGGUCAAGGAGCUGGUGGUGGGGCGGAUCCGGAAUACUCCAGAGGCUGAUGAGACCAUCAUCGACCCCAACAUCCUGUCUCUCAACAUUCUAUCUGCGGGCUACAUCUGGCCCUCAUAUAAUGACAAUAUGUCCCUGGGAGUUGACCAUAGGACGUUUUACCGAUUUGAGGCGGCGUGGGAUAGCUCCAUGCACAACUCCCUCCUCCUGAACCGUGUCACUCCCUAUGGAGAAAAGAUCUACAUCACUCUCUCCGCUUACCUAGAGAUGGAGAACUGCACCCAACCAACAGUGAUCACCAAAGACUUCUGUAUGGUGUUCUACUCCCGUGACGCCAAGCUCCCCGCCUCACGCUCCAUCAGGAACCUCUUCAGCACCGGCUGUCUCAGGCCCUCAGAGAGUAAUCGUGUCACUGGAGUGUAUGAAGUCAGUCUCUGCCAUGUCGCUGAUGCCGGAAGUCCCGGCAUGCAGCGGCGGCGCAGGCGCGUCUUGGACACCUCGGUGGCAUACGUCCGUGGGGAAGAGAACCUGGCUGGCUGGAGGCCCCGUAGCGACAGCCUCAUCCUGGACCACCAAUGGGAGCUGGAGAAACUCAGCCUUCUGCAGGAGGUGGAGAAGACCAGGCACUACCUGCUGCUGCGGGAGAAACUGGAGGCCACCCUGGCAGUGGGGCAGGACGCUCUCUGCAAGAGUGGUGACCUUAGCGACUUUGCCAAGAGCCCCAUCCUCAGCCACUGCCCCGGGGGUAGCCCCGCCCUGGAGAGCCCCAGCCAGAGGCAGAGGGAGCUGGCUGCCAAGUGUCUGCGGCUGCUCAUGCACACGUUCAACAGGGAGUACAGCCAGGUGAGCAGCAGUGCCAGUGAGAGCAAGCUGUCUGAGAUGUCAGCGUCGCUGAUGUCUCCAUCCUCUUCUAGUCUGAGCACGCUAACUCCGUCCUCUACUUGCCCCUCAUUGGUGGAGGGACAUUAUGACAUCAGACACACUGAGCCCAUCUCUGGCGCUUCCAGCCCAGACCUGGACCCCUUCAGUCCUGUGGACAAGAAGAGGACCCUGGGUAGAGGCUGCACCUUCGUCCCUGACAUCCAGGAGAUCCGCGUCAGCCCCAUUGUGUCUAAGAAAGGCUACCUACACUUCCUGGAGCCCCACACCAGUGGCUGGGUGAAGCGCUAUGUAGUGGUGCGCCGGCCCUACGUCUACCUGUACCGCAACGAGAGAGACAGCGUGGAGCGUUCCGUCAUCAACCUUUCCUCCGCCCAGGUGGAAUACAGCGAGGACAAGCAGACUCUGCUCCGGACUCCAAACACAUUUGCAGUGUGCACCGAACAUCGUGGAAUACUCCUCCAGGCCAGUAAUGACAAGGAGAUGCAUGACUGGCUGUAUGCUUUUAACCCCCUGCUCGCCGGAACCAUCAGGUCUAAGCUCUCCAGAAGAAAGUCAGGCCAGAGGAUGUGAGAAACAGGAACACCCGCUGUGGGGGGGGGGGACAUCUGAAAUCUCCACGGACCCUCUGCUGUAUAUACCUUAUCUUAAACAGCUCUCUCCUGCGCUGCUCUCCGUCCUAACAGUGCUCCAUCCUGUCGCUGAUACGUCCUCAAACAGCACUUAAAACCAUCCCAGCCGAUCUCCUAUUUGACGCCUCUUCCUGGUUACCUGGAUCAUGCAUGGUAUAAACUACCCAUUAAAGACCAUUAAAACCCAUAUACUGUAAGACUAACUAACAACACAACCCUGAGUAGUGGGGCUUAGCUCCGCUGGCUGUGAUGCUCCUUAUUGUCAUGUGUAUGUAGACCUUACCUUCCAGGCUUACAGCCCCUAUAGGGUUUAGCCAAACAAAGGAAGAAUAUAACGUUUAUGUCUUAGUCCAAGUUGUUAUCAGUUCCAAUAUCAUGCAACUUACUACUACCACCCACUAUUUGUAUAUGAUGCCCCAUAUCCAAACCUCUCAUGUAUUUCUUAUAAACACUGUAGUCUAAUAAGAAAAAGAAUAAUGGGAAAAUGGUAUAUUCCCUUUUCUAGUCCUCUCAUAAGAUAUCUCUGUUUCUGUGUGUGUGUGUUUAGUGCAGGGAAGAUAGCAGUACCUAUCAAUGCUCUUUCUCAUGUUAAAACAGCGUAUCCAUAUUACCUCAUGUUCAAAUCGCUGGGCUGCAGGCGCAUACUGUAACUCGUUGUCAUUGCAUCUGUUUUGUAUCCAAGGUUUUGGACGAUAUACAGUGUGAUAGAUGGGAUGCUGUGAAGGUACAUUGGACAGUGUAGGGUGAAAAGUGACAUAAUAGGACAAUGUUUUGUUGCCAAUGUUUUGGACAGAAUACAGUGUGAUAGAUGGGAUGCUGUGAAGGUACAUUGGACAGUGUAGGGUGAAAAGUGACAUAAUAGGACAAUGUUUUGUUGCCAAUGUUUUGGACAGAAUACAGUGUGAUAGAUGGGAUGCUGUGAAGGUACAUUGGACAGUGUAGGGUGAAAAGUGACAUAAUAGGACAAUGUUUUGUUGCCAAUGUUUUGGACAGAAUACAGUGUGAUAGAUGGGAUGCUGUGAAGGUACAUUGGACAGUGUAGGGUGAAAAGUGACAUAAUAGGACAAUGUUUUGUUGCCAAUGUUUUGGACAGAAUACAGUGGGAUAGAUGGGAUGCUGUGAAGGUACAUUGGACAGUGUAGGGUGAAAAGUGACAUAAUAGGACAAUGUUUUGUUGCCAAUGUUUUGGACAGAAUACAGUGUGAUAGAUGGGAUGCUGUGAAGGUACAUUGGACAGUGUAGGGUGAAAAGUGACAUAAUAGGACAAUGUUUUGUUGCCAAUGUUUUGGACAGAAUACAGUGUGAUAGAUGGGAUGCUGUGAAUGUACAUUGGACAGUGUAGGGUGAAAAGUGACAUAAUAGGACAAUGUUUUGUUGCCAAUGUUUUGGACAGAAUACAGUGGGAUAGAUGGGAUGCUGUGAAGGUACAUUGGACAGUGUAGGGUGAAAAGUGACAUAAUAGGACAAUGUUUUGUUGCCAAUGUUUUGGACAGAAUACAGUGGGAUAGAAUUGUAAUAGUUGGGUAAUAUGAUGGAUAGAAUUUUGGAUAAUGGUGAGUUCGCUGUGCUGACAUUUCAUAGUAACACGUUUGCUACAGUAGAGUAUAAAGUAUGUAAUUUCGCUGGCUGCCUGACAGUGGAGAGCAGUUGUGUCCUUGAUUUAUUUUCACCUUAUGUGUUUUUCCAUAUGAUUUGUGUAUGUACAUUAUUCGUUCUUUUUUUUAUUUGUAUGGGAUCACUGACCAGUUUUGUCGCGUCGCACUUUAUUGUUGCAUUGUGUUGCACUUUAUUUCACUCAGUUGCUUUAAACCAAAGCAUUCCAAUCUCAAGUUUAAAUAGUAAAGAUAUUCUCUGUUGUGUAGACUUGACAAAAUGGCUCCCAGGUUUUAGAGAUAUUAAUGUAAUCUUCAAAACAUCAAAACCUACUAUCCCUCUCCUCUAUGUUGACCCUGAAUGUCUGUUUAUAAGUGAAUUAUACCAUGUGGAUACACUGAGAAUGGUUCCAAUCGAGCAAGUUGACGUUUAUUCCCUUCUAUGGUGGUGGGUUACAGUAAUGUUGAAUAAUUGUAAGGACAAAUUUGAUCCUACUGUAUUGACGGGUUAGUGGGAUAUUUUUGACCUUUUUUUUCGACAGUCGAGUUGUGAGUCUGAAAGUACAUCGUUAUGCACCAGGUAGUGCCCCCCCCCCCUUCUCUCUCUCUUUCCAGUUUUUCAUCAAUCCCACACUCUCACAUCGUUGACGUCCACCACGUUCGCUCAGUACUACAUGUAUCAAAGCAAACAUUUAUUUACUGGGAUGCUAUGAACCUUCUAUUGACGCUAUGUGUCCAUGUGAAUCUAUCCGUUUGGAUUAAAUAGCCCUAAUACAGUAUAUAGCCUACGUCAGCUCCUUGUUGUAAAGUAGCGUCUUAACAUCCUUUGCUCUGCUUUUGUAUAGCUUGUUUUACGUUUGUAUCCGAAACCUAUACAGCAUGAACAUGUCUCACAUCCAGGGACUUAGGAAGACGUUUAUUGUUUCUGUGACCAUACUGCUACAUCCAGAUGACAUGCAAGCUGCUCACUGGAACAAAACGAGUCCUAAAUCAAUCAAGGGGGCGCUGCCGACUGAAGUAAACGCAAAGGGACUCUUUCAGCGCUACGUUGGUCUAGCAGCCCAUAAAAGAUGGGCAAUUUCAAACUAAAGUUGCCGGAUUGUCUCCUAGUCUAGCUGUGUUAUGCUCUUGCGUGACCAUGCUUUAUUGAAAAUCAAGUGCUAGUCUUGCGUUUACGGUAACGUUGUGUGUUAGCGCAGCAGACCAGGGCCGUGGCCAGACAGCCAAUUGGAUCAUGUCUUACUGUUGUUCCUUGUUCUUACUGCGAGGGUCGUGGUUCGGGUCAAACACAAUUCUCCCGUGUAGCAGAUCGUGCAUGCUUUAGGCCAGCCAACCUACAGAGCAUGCUGAGAUAGCCACGGCAAGGUAAAACAUGCAAUACAUGGCAUGCUCACACGCUGUCCCAUAACUACGCGUUUAUAGCCUCCAAUUAUAAACAUAUCCUCCCAAUAAGGAAUAUAAUUGCUGUUAUAUACUAGCGGUUCUUUCUGUUUUCUGAUUCUAGAACGCUGACACCAAAAACACGACCUAUCGCUAGGUAAAUACCAUUAACUACGGAAUCUGGGAUUCAUAUGGUGGGUCGGGUUGGGGUCAUCUUGGUGUAUGCAUUUUAAGCUUUGUUGUACACUGGUAUGCCACUUUAUUUUGUCUGCUCGAACAAUGGAAGAAAAUAAAGCUCUAUUUAUGAAUUAUUGUUGCUAUUUGGAGGUGGAGUAUGUCAGCGGGGAAUGUUUGAGCUAUUGAAUUGUCAUCCAAGUCUAAUUUAUUGUAUUUAUCACAUCUCAUAAUUGAAUGAAUAAUGUGUGAGUAAGAUUGGUUGGGGGGUAGGAUAUCCUUCAACAGAAGGAGAUGUUGUUCUUUCAACUGUACUAUUGUCGCUUUAGCGUGUAGCACCUUAAAUGCAUCUUACUGCAUCUACUGUAAAGGGGACUCGUAACUCUACUUGUUAAUGCUAGGAUAGCUGACUUUCUGUCCUCAAAGAAGAAUUCACUGCAAGUUAAAACAACGCAUUUGAAGUUAAGUGAUCUGGCUAUAGACGAAUAUGGAUUGGCUCUUUCACUGAUUUGACUGCUUUUUUAACAUGACAUUUCCUGGAUCCAAGCAUGUAGAUGUGUCUCUUCCUCACCCUGGUCUCUCUCUCUUUCCCUUACUGCUUGCUAUUGAUGUCCUAUCCCCCUCAGUGCAGCCCUGUAGAGAAACGCCCACCUCCAUGACUCGGUAUUGACUCUUCUUGACAUUUGAUUGGCACCUUUCUUGUAAAUAAUUAACCUGAUAGGAUCCACCACAGCCAAUCGCACAGAUGUAACCCCCCUGUUCCUUUAUACCAUAAUAACUGGCCUGUGACAUCAUCUCAGUGCUCAUGUUAUCUUUGAGUGUUGGAGUUCUAGUGUCUUCUAAUGUUUGUGGACACCUAACCAGUUGUCGAAAUAAAGUGAAAUAAAUGUGACAUUUAUGCAACA